CUCACAUAAGUAUAUAUCUCGUACUCCCCUCAAACCCCCAGGUGCAGCGUCAUCUGAAGGAACCAUGUCCAGGCUCAGGCAGUUCCUUCACAAAUUCUUCCAACAGCCACCCAUACGCCCCGGUGCGAGAAGAGCUACGGCCACCCCAGCAUCCAUUCUUGCCCUCUCAAUGGCCUCGUACUCGACCACCGUCACCAAGAUCCCCGACCUGGGCCCGACGCCCGAGGAUGCCGCGUCGAAGCCGCACCAUCUCAAAAAGAACGGUAACACCAUCGGCUUCAAGAACGUACACCCUUCCUUCGGUGAUGGUGUCGGCUUCCCCCAAAUUUUCAGGCAUGUUGUCUGGCCCCAAUUGAUCGGCGACCUUAAAUUCCCCGACACAUCGCCGCCGACCGUCAACGUUGUCAAGCCAGACUUCCUUCCCACCCGAACUGCCUCUAACAAGCUGCGCGCCACCUGGCUCGGUCACGCCUGUUACUACGUCGAGUUCCCCUCAGGCCUGCGCGUACUCUUUGAUCCGGUCUUCGAGGACCGCUGCUCGCCUUUCUCCUUCCUGGGCCCCAAGCGCUUCACCCCGAAGCCUUGCGACCUCGCCGACAUCCCCUUCGUCGAUGCCGUCCUUAUCAGCCAUAGCCACUACGACCACCUGUCCCAUGAGUCCGUCCUCACCAUCCAGAAGCACAACCCCAAGGCCCAUUUUUUCGUCGGCCUCGGCCUCGAAUCAUGGUUCAAGAAGGCUGGCUUGAAGAACGUGACCGAGCUUGACUGGUGGGAGGACGCCGAGAUCACCCUGACCGUGGACAAGGGCGUUGACGACGUCCCUGAGACCAUCUCCGCCCAGAUAUCCUGCCUUCCCUGCCAACACACCUCGGCACGCACGCUCUUCGAUAAGGACACUACCUUGUGGGCGUCCUGGGGUGUCAAGUCGGCCGGGAAGUCGGUCUGGUUUGGAGGCGACACCGGAUACCGCGCCGUGCCGUGGACCCCGCUCGACGUCGACGAUUACGGCCCCAAGUACGCUCAUCUGCCCAUGUGCCCGCAGUUCCGGCAAAUCGGCGACCUACGCGGGCCCUUUGAUCUCGGUCUGAUUCCCAUCGGCGCGUACUACCCCCGUGUGGCAUUCUCUGGUAUGCACGCCAACCCCUUUGACUCGGUUGAAAUUUUCCAGGAUACCAAGUGCGAGCGCGCUAUGGGCAUUCACUGGGGUACCUGGGCUCUGACCAUGGAGGAGGUUCUAGAGCCCCCGAAGCUCCUUCAAGAGGCCAUGAAGCGCAAGGGACUUCCGGCUACCGGCGUGUUUGACGUUUGCGAAAUUGGCGAGAGCAGAGAGUUCUAAGGCCGAUGCGUGAUGUGUAGGACUACUGUAUGCUUUAAGCUUUCCUUUGCUAGUGUGGGCAGGCGUCCGGAGGUAAACUUGGCUUUAAGUGUUCCGGGACCGGGGUGGAUUAUAUACCAUAGACAGGGCAAUGGCACAGAAUUGUGUAAGCAUCUACUUGACCCGGAUUGGGAUUUAUUCUCAUAUGGCAAAGCUGUACGUACACCCUUCAUGCAGUUUCGCGUCCCCUCUUCUCGUGCUCUGGGUACAAACACUCCGUGGGAUUCGCGUAUCAAAAUAGAAAGCCAUUGAAUACACCAUACGAUCAUCCACAAAA